CAAAAGCCAACCGUCGGCUCAGCGCAACUGACUGACUGCCAGCUGGAUAAUCAACCAGAGCCCGGUGUUUUCGAGAUCCCGUAUUCGGAUACAUUUCCUCGCUCUGUUUGCUUAAUCUACACAGCAGCUCUUCCUGACUACGAGGUGAACAUCCAGACCUUAUGAGCAGCAGUCGGGCGUCUGCGUCCGGCGGACCAAGCCCGCGUCUGCGCGGCAUCCUCUUCGUCGUGACCACCCCCGGCGGACCGCAGUUCGUCUUCAACUACCCGCAAACCGAGCGACUUCCGAACAGCGGGUCGUCGGCAGCAGGAGGCGCGGGCGCGCGCGAGAAGCGGGAGAUGAAGGGGGGACAUCAGCAUCAGCAGCAGCAGCAGAUGGUGUCGCGGGCGUCGGCGCUGUCGUCGCCGCGAGUGCGGCCGUCGUCUGCUGCGUCGGAUGGGGGACAGUCGUCGAUGACUUUGGGCGCGAGAUUGUCGAAGCUGAAACAGCAGCUUGAUAGUCAGCAGCAGCAGCAACAACAGCAACAGCAGCAGCAGCAAGGUGAAGCAGGAUCGAAUGCGACGUCGCCGGCUUUCGAUCCCGUGACGAAGCCGUACUACUUUGACUCGCCAGACUCGUCGCCUACUAGUUCGCAGUACAACUCCUCGGCCUCGUAUUCGUCUGAUGACGACUACGGCGACCGCGGCGCCGGAUACGGAUCGACCGCGAACGAGGAAAGCGGCGGCUGGAGCAGCGGCAGCGACGAGGAUUACUACUCCCACAGCGACGAGGAUAUCGACCAAUUAGACCUUGAAGCGAGCGACCGGGAUCUCGAUAGCCGCGGUAGGGGGACGAGUAAGCUGUUGUCGCUAUCGCAGACGAUCGCACUCGGUGCGGCAGAAGGGUACUCGUAUUCGUCGUCGUCGCCGCGGAAAUCGCAUCAUGGGAAUCGGUCGACGUCCGCGAGACGGAGGCGCAGAGAGCGGAGGAUACCGAGCGCGCCGGGGUCGACGGCAGGGUCGACGGCGUCUUCUGCGUCGCCGAGACGGCGGAGUCGCACGCCCGCUGGGCGGUCUACGAAUCGCAAGUCAAAUCUGUCGAAUUCUACAAUUGUCGGGGGCGCGAGUACCGCAGCGACUACUGGCGAGCCGUCAUCAUCCAACGCAGGCACGGCUGGUAGUGGCAGCAGCAGUCAAGUACCUUCACCAUCACACCAGCGCGAAACGCCAUCGGCCGCCGCCGCCGCGGCAAUCACCUCGCCUCGCCUUGCGGCGUUGUCGGGGCUCGACACCUCUGCGAUCGCAAACAGCAUAAACAUCCCCGAGAUCUCGGCCGCGCUGCGCUCGCCGAACGUGACGCCGCUGUCGAAUCCGAACACUGGAGCUUCGGCCGGCCAACGCGCGGGGAGCGUCAAUCUCUCGCGGCGCAACAGUCUGGCAGAUACCUCUGCGCCUGCGUCAUCGGGCGGAAGUCCUCACCACGGGGUAUCUACGCAUUUCCACCCUCACCACCAUCAUCACCACCACGCACAUCACUACCACCACCACCGCCAGAUGGCGAGCGCGGACCUGGACCGCAACGACGAAGACGACGAGUCCGACGACAGCGGGGACGACGACAGCGCGAAUAACCGCUACUCGCAGCCGGGCUCGAGCUCGCAGGUGGCCUGGGAGCGUGCGUUUGGGUUUGACGCCGAGUUUCUGGCGACGCUGUGUUGUCCACAGCGCAGUAUGUGCGACACCAAGUUUGAGUUCACGGCCGACGAGCAGGCGUUCUUGGGCCUGCCGAUGCAUGCGCGGCCGGACGGGAAGUGGAAGAAGAGCGCGCGGGAGAGGAUGAUGCAUUGGCGGCGGAAGCGGGGCGCGGGGUCGACUUCGGCGGCGUCGACGGGGAUGAAGAGUAUGGCGUCUGAUUCGGAUCGGAUGGAUGGGUAUUUCGGGUACGAUGAUACGCUUGAUGGAGAUGAUUACGACGAUGACGAUUAUUAUGAAGGCGGUGGGGAUGACGAGGCUGAUAGUAGUAUAAACGCGCUCGAACGGUCGUUUAUUACUACUAGUUUGACUAUGGAUUCGUCUUCGCAGGCUGCGUCUGAGACUAUUGAUGAAGAGCAGGAGGAUGCAGAUGGCGACAGCAGCGGCGCCAGGCGUUACUUGGGCGGAGGUGAGGAUGAUGCCGACCGAGGCAGAGCAAGCGAGGCUACGUCGUCGGAGUACAUCAACAGCGUGUUUCAUGCGUUCCGGCUCGGAGGAAAGAAAGAAGACUCGGGCGAUGCGGAGGCUGAUUUAUCUUCGGUCGGCCCAGAUCAAUCGUCGUCUUCGGAUUUCUUCUCAAGGGAGCAAUCGAACGCGUCGUCGAUGAACGCGAGCCCUGUGCUCGGCGCAACAUCGUCGCCGGCGCAGCAGCAGCGCAAGUCUGUUUCCGAAGAAGGCGUCAUGCGGAUGUUUCACGUUGUGUUUGUGAUGGAUCCGCCCGAGCUCGAGUACCACGCGCGGCUGGACGAGAUGUACAAUUACGUUGCUGCGCCGCUGGCGGAGUGUCUCCGACUAGAGCAGCACCGGACGAACUACGUGUGGCAGCAGGCGCAGACGAUUCUGCGGCUGCGAGAGCGGGCGGUCGAGAACGGGAUGAGCCAGGACGAGCUGUGGACGAUGACGCUGACAAAGUCGUCACUUGCGCUCGCGCUCGCGCAGGUGUACCUUGCGAUUUCGGCGGGGUCGAUUGCGAACGUGGUGAUCAACGGGUCGACGCGGUCGUUCCAGGUUCCGAUCACGAUGCACUCUGCUAGCUUGCCGUCGAUUCUGGAGCCGGUGAAGACGCCGGGGUUUUAUCUGACGACGGAGGAUUACUCUGAUCAGUUUGCGGCCGUGAACGGGGCUGCGGAUCGGGAUCUGAGUCGGUAUGCUGGACUGCCGUUUGUGGAGCAUGCGGUGCUGUUGCUUGAGAGUGUGGAGAGGAUAUAUAACGCGAUGCAGAUUGAUGAGAGGAGUCAGUAUGGGAGGUUUAUUAAGGCGAUUAGUCCUACCGAGUCAUUGGCCAAGAUUGCAGCAGCAACCGAUAUCUCGGUGAACGAGAUUGAGACAUAUGCGCGCCAUCUGAUUUACUGGCGUCGUGCACGAACAAUCAUCCCAAUCCACCGCCGCGGCAUCUACAUCGUCGCCCCGACCGCCCCACUCGCGAGUCUUCAGACGCACCGGCGGAUCUUUGCGCGGCGGUUUCCGACGAUGCCGUCGCUUCCGAAACUGCUGCAGGAGAUCUCGGCGCAGGAGCCGCGGCCGUUUGGGAACCUGAUUCCGUCGCAUGCGAUGAGGGAUGAGUAUCUUGAUGCGCUGGCGUGGAUGUUGCGGUAUGGAUAUCUUGCGCAGGUGAGGACGUUUAUAUGGUUGAGGAUAUCGAGUUCGAUUAAGAAAGAGGUGGCGGAGGAUGAGCAGAGAAGGAGUAAUGAGGAGGAAGAUGAGGAUGAGGAGGAUAUUGUGUGGAGUAAGAGUAAGAACAAGACAGGCAAGGAAAGCGGAGAUGGAGCUGGAUCUGCGGGAGCAGGUGCAAAUACUAGUGGAGAGGGUGAGAAUGACAGCGAAGACACGAUACUUGGAGAGCCCGAGCGGGCGACUGUGCUCGAGCGGCGGUGGAUGGACAAGAUCGUGGAAGGACAGGGUGCGCGGACGGUUGAGCUUUUCUGGAAAGUGGCAAAGUACAUGAAUGGACGGGUUGCGUUUGAGGACGUGCCGGGGCACGAGGGAAUCGAGAGACGGGAUGUGCGCGGGUUGCUUGCGGUGGUGAAGGAGCAUAUUAUUAUUGCCCGGCAUUGGUAGGCUGAUGAUGAGAUGACAGGUUUUAGCAGCGGUGAAGGGCAUUGUAUAUAAGAUAAUGAG